GUUUUCUUACUUUUUACAAAGUGCAAAAUUUGUGUUGUACUAUUGUUGAAAAAUUGUGAAAUAUUUAGGGAAUUCUAGGGUACAAUAAAGUAGAGGAUAGCGAAAUGUUGAAUGUUUGUUGCCAUUAUCAUUGGUUUGUGGCACCUUUAUCUAUGGUAUAGAAGAUAUUUUAUCGACCACAUUCAGCUGGACUUUACAACAAGCGAAUCACACUUCAGUGGUGUAAUUUCAAACAUUUUUAAAGGAGACAUAAGAUGAUUUUUUUUCACAAUUUAAAAUAGCUCCUAAGUCUUAAAAUGUCUGUGGCAUGCUUUUGUCAAAAUAUGCCAAUUGUAGACAUCCAUCCAUUUUCUGAACUGCUUUUCCACACUCGGGUCACAGGUGUACUGGCGUCUAUCGUAUUUUUUCAAUAAAUUUCUCGCCAUGGUGAAAAUGGAUAAUUUUUUAGGUGGUUCUGUCUCAUGCAGGGCACCAGCCCUCAUUCAGUCCCACAUACUGCUGAGCUAAUGGCAAGUCCGGCUUUCAUUAGAUUCAUCCCACGAGCGGGUUUCUGCUGGCCUUGGCCAGCUCUGCUUGGUAGCGUGUGUUUGCGGCGGACGACUGGUGGCUUCUACUAGUGGAAACACUACCCAGAGAGUGGAAAACAAGCGAGUGCCCUUAGCCUAAAAAGCAGUUAAUGCAUUUUACAUUACACUCGGCGUAUAAUGCAUGGGCACAUGCACCCCGAACACAACCACAACAACAACACAAGAUGCAUAAACACAGUCUUGCGCCACUUGAGCUGAGCCAUGGGGAUGGUGCCUUGCUCAAAGGCACCUCAAAAGUAGGCAGAAAGCAGGCGAGCAUCGCUCUCAAUUUUUUUUUCCACAGUGGGACUUGAACCACUGACCCUCCAGCUCCAAAGGGCAAGUCCUUGUAGAUGAGAUACUAACGCUAAUUUGUGCUAUCACUGCAGCGUUGCUAACCUUGUGGCUUUGACAUGAUGCAUUGGUCAAAGUAGUUGUUUCUAGAACUUUGUCCAGCCUAGCUGCCAAGUCAUUGGCUGAGAAACUGUGUGGGGGGUGGUUAUGUUAAAUUGCGGCACUGUGUGUGAAGUACAACACGACUUGCUUACAAACACAUUUUCAGAAAUUGGCAGAAAUUGUAUCAUUUUAUACUUGAUGGGUAGACGGAUACUCCAGAGACCCAACUAUUUGUAUGCAAAGAAUGAAAAAGAACAUUUAACCUAUGUCCCCUUUAUAGUAAAUGUUAUUGGGUUUUGUUUUUUUAGUCAAUUUAAUGUUGUUGUUGUUGCCCCCCCCCCCCCCAACACAUUUUUGGUGCCUCCUAUGGGCUUUACAGGAUCUGUUUGGGAUGAUAUAGUAAAUGACUAUUUCUCCAUCAUUGAUGUUUACAUGCACACUGACAUAGUUUGGUCUCUUCUUUAUCACACAUCUCUAUCAGGUGUGAUUUUUAAAUACAAUAGGUUCAGUUAGUUUCUCUAAAUGGGAGGUGAAGAUGAUUCUCCUUUUAGCUCCUCACCUGUGGAUUUUUCAACAAGAAAGAGGUUGUUAGAAAGAGGUUGUACGUGGUCACUAUUGGUUAACUCGUACAAGCCGAGCGGUACAAAGGGUAUCUUUACAGCUGUGUAUAUUACAUACGUGAGCUAAGUAGAUCUGCCUUGACCCUGUGGUUAUGGUGGCGCUCACUUUUACCAUGAAGGUCCUCACCGUAUUAUGGUAUGCUGAUCAAAAGAUGGUUUGAUGCGAGUGUAUUAAAUAGAUGCUGACAGAAAAUGGAUGGAUGGAUGAAAACAAAUUCUCAACUGCCCAAGCCAUUAUUUUAAAUGCUUUGAUCAACUACGUUUAUGAUGUAAAUGUUUGUACGCACAUUCUUACUUGACUGAAUAGUUUAAACUGUACUGCAUUACUUGUGGAUAAUUGGAGAUACAGCAUUAGACUAUUACAUGUUUGUUUGAUGGUGCUAUUUUUUUAAUUGUAAAAAACUAAUGAACAAAGUACACUUUUUCAGUCGUUUUUAUUCAAUAGUCAUUAGAAUAAUGCAGUUUUGGUGUUUAAAUACAUCCAUUUGAUACGUAGAUAUGGACAUUUGUCUUGUCUAAGUCUAAAAAAGAAGUACAGUCCCCUCCAAAAGUAUUGGAACAACAUGGUCAAUUCCUUUGUUUUUGUUGUAUACUGAACACAUUUGGGUUUCAGAUCAAAAGAUGAAUAUGAGACAAAAGUUCAGAAUUCCAGCUUUUAUUUCAAUGGUAUUUACAUCGAGAUGUGUAAAACGACUCAGUCGAAGUCAAAGAAGAAGAAGAAGAGGUGGAAAGUGGGUUCUUCGGCAGAAAGAGAAGAGGAAAACACAGAGCCUAGAACUGAAUGUGGGGACUUUGAAUGUUGGGACUAUGACAGGAAAAUCUCGGGAGUUGGUUGACAUGAUGAUUAGGAGAAAGGUUGAUAUAUUGUGUGUCCAGGAGACCAGGUGGAAAGGCAGUAAGGCUAGAAGUUUAGGGGCAGGGUUUAAAUUAUUUUACCAUGGUGUAGAUGGGAAGAGAAAUGGAGUUGGGGUUAUUUUAAAAGAAGAGUUGGCUAAGAAUGUCUUGGAGGUGAAAAGAGUAUCAGAUCGAGUGAUGAGGCUGAAAUUUGAAAUUGAGGGUGUUAUGUGUAAUGUGAUUAGUGGCUAUGCCCCACAGGUAGGAUGUGACCUAGAGGUGAAAGAGAAAUUCUGGAAGGAGCUAGAUGAUGUAGUUCUGAGCAUCCCAGACAGAGAGAGAGUCGUAAUUGGUGCAGAUUGUAAUGGACAUGUUGGUGAAGGUAAUAGGGGUGAUGAAGAAGUGAUGGGUAAGUACGGCAUCCAGGAAAGGAACUUGGAGGGACAGAUGGUGGUAGACUUUGCAACAAGGAUGCAAAUGGCUGUAGUGAACACUUUUUUCCAGAAGAGGCACGAACAUAGGGUGACCUACAAGAGCGGAGGUAGAAGGACACAGGUGGAUUACAUUUUGUGCAGACGAUGUAAUCUGAAGGAGGUUACCAACUGUAAGGUAGUCGUAGGGGAGAGUGUGGCUAGACAGCAUACGAUGGUGGUGUGUAAGAUGACUCUGGUGGUGGGGAGGAAAAUUAGGAAGACAAAGGCAGAGAAGAGAACCAUGUGGUGGAAGCUGAGACAGGACGAGUGUUGUGCAGCUUUUCGGGAAGAGGUGAUACAGGCUCUCGGUGGACGGGAAGAGCUUCCAGAAGACUGGACCACUGCAGCCAAGGUGAUCAGAGAAGCAGGCAGGAGAGUACCUGGUGUAUCUUCUGGCAGGAAAGGAGAGAAGGAGACUUGGUGGUGGAACCUCACAGUACAGGAAAUCAUACAAGGAAAACGGUUAGCUAAGAAGAAGUGGGACACUGAGAGGACCGAGGAGAGGCGAAAGGAAUACAUAGAGAUGCGACACAGGGCAAAGGUAGAGGUGGCAAAGGCAAAACAAGAGGCAUAUGAUGACAUGUAUGGCAGGUUGGACACUAAAGAAGGAGAAAAGGAUCUAUACAGGCUGGCCAGACAGAGGGAUAGAGAUGGGAAGGAUGUGCAGCAGGUUAGGGUGAUUAAAGAUAGAGAUGGAAAUAUGUUGACUGGUGCCAGCAGUGUGCUAGGUAGAUGGAAAGAAUACUUCGAGGAGUUGAUGAAUGAGGAAAAUGAUAGAGAAGGGAGAUGUUUGCAGAUGACAUUGUGAUCUGCAGUGAAAGCAGGAAGCAGCUGGAGGAACAGUUAGAAAGAUGGAGGCAUGCACUGCAAAGAAGAGGAAUGAAGAUUAGCCGAAGUACAACAGAAUAUAUGUGCAUGAAUGAGAGGGGUGGUGGGGGAAGAAUGAGGCUACAGGGAGAAGAGAUGGCAAGGGUAGAGGACUUUAAAUACUUGGGGUCAACCGUCCAGAGCAAUGGUGAGUGUGGUCAGGAAGUGAAGAAACGGGUCCAAGCAGGUUGGAACGGGUGGAGGAAGGUGUCAGGUGUGUUAUGUGACAGAAGAGUCUCUGCUAGGAUGAAGGGCAAAGUUUAUAAAACAGUGGUGAGGCCAGCCAUGAUGUAUGGAUUAGAGACAGUGGCACUGAAGAGAAAACAGGAAGCAGAGCUGGAGGUGGCGGAAAUGAAGAUGUUGAGGUUCGCUCUCGGAUUGACCAGGUUGGAUAAAAUUAGAAAUGAGCUCAUCAGAGGGACAGCCAAGGUUUGAUGUUUUGGAGACAAAGUUAGAGAGAGCAGACUUCAAUGGUUUGGACACGUCCAGAGGAGAGAGAGUGAGUAUAUUGGUAGAAGGAUGAUGAGGAUGGAGCUGCCAGGCAAGAGAGCUAGAGGAAGACCAAAGAGAAGGUUGAUGGAUGUCGUGAGGGAAGACAUGAUGGCAGUUGGUGUUCGAGAGGAGGAUGCAGCAGAUAGGCUCUCAUUGAAAAGGAUGACGCGCUGUGGCGACCCCUAACGGGACAAGCCGAAAGGAAAAGAAGAAGAAGAAGUGUAAAACGACUCAGGACAGAUCAGCUCUUGUUUGAAGCCACCCACUUUUAAAGUGAGCAAAAGUAUUGGAACAUGUCACUGAUAGGUGUUUCUAGUUGCUCAGGUGUUGCCUUUUAGAUUGAUUGCUUAAACAUUAGAUAGUGCUUGUUUUUGGCUUUGGCUUCUACCUGUGAAAACUGCAUUUGCUGUUAAGCAAACAUGAAGACCAGAAAGCUGUCUAUGGGAGAAAAGCAAACCAUUUUGAAGCUGAGAGAAGAGGGAAAAUCAAUCAGAGCUAUUGUACAAACAUUGCCAAUACAAUUUGGAAUGUCCUGAAAAAGAAACUACUGGUGUACUGAGUAACAGACAUUGAAUAGGUCAGCCAAGGGUAUCAACAGCAGUUAAUGACGAACAUUGUGAGAGCUGUGAAGAAAUGCGCAAAGACAACAGUCAGUGACAUCACUGCCAACCUCCACAGGGCAGGGGUGAAGGUAUCAAAAUCCACUGUUCGAAUAAGAAAUAUACAGGCCAUAUCACAAGAUGCAAACCACUUAUCAGGAAAAUGAAUCGGAAGGCCACCUUGAAAGAAGUACAGAGAUGAGCCAUAAAAGUUUUGGAACAAGGUUUUAUGGACCGAUGAGACCAAGAUUAACCUCUACCAAAGUCAUGGAAAGGCCAAAGUAUGGAGGAAGAAAGGAUCUGUUUAUGAUCCAAAAUACACAAGCUCAUCUGUGAAGCAUGGUGGAGGUAAUCUCCUGGCUUGGGCUUGCAUGGCUGCUUCUGCAAUGGGCUCACAAGUCUUUAUUGAGGAUGUAACUCAAGAUGGUAGCAGCAGAAUGAAUUCUGAACUAAUCGGGAGAAGCUUCAUCAUGCAACAAGGCAGUGACCCAAAACACAAUGCGAACACAACAAAGGACUUCAUCAGGGGGGAAAAGUGGAAGGUCUUAGACUGCCCAAGUCAAUCACUGGACCUUAACCCAAUAGAAUGCAUUUUACCUCCUGAAGACGGUACUGAAGGGAGAAACCCCCAGAAACAAGCAAGAAUUGAAAGAGGCUGCAGUAAAGGCCUGAAAAAGCAUUUAAAAUGAAGAAUGCAACAGUCUGGUGAAGUCAAUGGGUCGCAGGCUUAACACAUACAUCUUGAUGUAAAUACCAUGAAAUAAAGGCUGGAAUUCUGAACUUUUGUCUUAUAGUCAUCUUUUGACCUGAAACCCAAAUGUCUUCAGUAUACAAUAAAAACAAAGGAAUUGACCUUGCCGUUCCAAUACCUUUGGAAGGGACUGUAUAUACAGUAGGUGCGGAAAGUAUUCAGACCCCCUUAAAUUUUUCACUCUUUAUUAUGUGAAAGAUGGCGCCUACCAGUGUGGUCGCCUCGGUAACGCGCUCUCUAGUAUUGUCUUUGUUUUUGUGUUUUUCGUCCGUCUUUGGAGACCUUACACGACUCACUUACACAAGGGGAGACCUGCUAACCAUCAAGGAGUCUACUCCGGACUUUCUGUCACCAACUUUCAAAUAUCCGCUCAGUUUUUUCCCCGAGUUACUCACCGGAGCGGCGUCCGCGGUUUUCGGCGCAUGGAGACGGAAGCGGCGCCACAGAGGGAAGCGAGCCGGCAUUCAGGUGAAACUCCGCAAGAGAGUACACAGAUUGGCGUUCCCGUCGAUCCACCUUGCGAAUGUACGCUCCCUACCCAACAAAAUGGACGAGCUUCAUCUUCUGUUAAAGACCAGGAAAGACUUUGGACGUUCCGCGGCCAUGUGCUUCACGGAGACCUGGCUUUGCGACGCUGUACCCGAUGGCGGCGUCAUGCUCCACGGCUUCAACAUUCAUCGAGCGGACCGCGACACGGAAUCAUCGGGGAAAACAAAGGGCGGCGGGAUAUGCCUCUAUAUCAACGAAAAAUGGUAUACGGACGUCACGGUGCUCAGCACACACUGCAGACCGCAUUUGGAGUCGCUAUUCUUAAACCAUUCUACUCGCCACAUUUGAAAAGGACAGUUUCACACCACACACCCACCCGGCCGCACCCGCGACCACAAUCACACCUGACGUCUGCGUUAACCAUCCAUGAACAGGAUGUGAGACGGAUCUUCAAACAACAAUAGAUU